GAUUUUUUAUCCAGAAAGGAAGAAAUGCUUCUGAAAUUUAUUAAGCAAAUAGUUUUCUUCUUCAUGACUGUGUUUGGCACUCUCGGAAACAUUUCUGUUUCUGUUAAUUAUAUGUGGAGCUGGGUGGGAGGCACUGAGAAGAAACCCAUCCACCUUAUUCUCAUCCACUUGGCUUUUACAAACAUCAUAAUCCUUCUUGCAAAAGGAUUGCCAAAGACAAUAGCAGUUUUUGGUUUAAAAAACUACCUAGAUGACUUAGGAUGUAAGAUUAUUGUUUACUUGGAGAGGGUGGCCCGUGGGGUCUCCAUCUGCACCAGCGGUCUCCUCACUGUGGUCCAGGCCAUCAUCAUCAGUCCCAGAGCAUCUGGGUGGAGGAGGCUCAGACCACAGUCUGCAUGGCACAUCCUUCCAUUCUUUUCAUUCUUUUGGAUACUCAAUGCUUUAAUAGGUAUGAACCUAAUUCAUUCCAUCACAGGUGUAAGCCUGAAUAUAUCACAGCAUAAGAAUAAAGAUGACUAUUGUGAUUUUAUGCCCGAAAGUAAAAAUACAAAAUUGAUUGUUCUUCCCUUUAUGGUCUUGAGAGAUGCUGUGUUUCAGGGAGCCAUGGGAGGCGCCAGUGGGUACAUCGUAUUUCUUCUCCACAAGCACCACCAGCAUGUGCUCUACCUCCAAAACUCCAAGCUUCUCUACAGAACCCCAGAGCUGAGAGCUGCUCAGAGUGUCCUCCUUCUGAUGCUCUGUUUUGUUUUCUUCUAUUGGACUGACUGUGCUUUUUCUCUUUUUGUAAGUCUCUCUUUAGUGAACAAUUCCUUGAUGGUAAAUUUUCAAGAAUUUAUAACACUUGGUUAUGCAACUUUUAGCCCCUUUGUGUUGAUUCACAGGGAUGGACUCCUGCCUGAUUGUUGGAAUACUCAGUGGGAGAAAUUGAGAAAAUGUCUCUCUCCUUUAUCUGUUCAAUGA